UGCACUAGCCUCUCUACCUGUCCCCUAACGAUCGGCUUCAUAGAGCUCGGACAUCUGCUUUUGCUGAACUGGUGCCACUUUGGUGCUUCAUUUUCUCUGCGACCGGUUGAGAUGGAAGGGUGCGACUAUGAAGUUUUCUUGAGUUUCAGAGGACCGGACACACGCACGGGCUUCACUGAUCAUCUCUAUACCCGUCUCACAGAUGCAGGAGUCGGUACAUACAGAGACGAUGAAGAUCUCCGCAUCGGUGAAGAGAUCGGCCCGGAUCUGCUUGGAGCGAUUGAGCAAUCGAAGAUCUCCAUACCCAUCUUCUCUAAAAAUUAUGCUUCAAGCAAAUGGUGCCUGAAGGAGUUGACCAAGAUGGUGGAGUGUCGGAAAAGGAAUGGACAGGUAAUCAUGCCCAUUUUCUACUAUGUCAAACCAUCCGAGGUUCGAUACCAAACCGGAGAUUAUGGUGUGGCGUUGCUUGAGCACGAAAACAAGAAGCGAGAGGGUGAUGAGACCAUCCACAAAUGGAGAGCUGCUCUCAAUGAGGUUGGAGGGUUAAAGGGAUGGAACGUAGAAAACGUGGCUAACAGGCACGAAGGACAACUAGUUAAACAAGUCGUUACUAGCAUUUUAAAUGAGCUGAAGAAGGCCUAUUUGGUGGUUAGUGACUUCUUGGUUGGCAUUGAGGACAGUGUGAAAGAAGUUCUGGGGAUGAUAGGCACUGAUACUGAUGAUGCAAAGAUCGUGGGAAUCCACGGAAUGGGUGGCAUCGGAAAAACUACUCUUGCCAAAGUAGUCUACAACAAACUUUCUCGGGACUUUACUGACUGUUGUUUCCUUGCUGAUGUUAGAGAAACUUCACAUUCAAAAGGAAUUGUGUGGUUGCAAACUCAACUAAUCUCGAACCUCUCACAACAAGCAUAUACAAGAAUCAUCAACAUGGACGAGGGAAUAAAGACAAUAGAAGAUAGAUUUUCAAGGAAGAAAGUUCUUAUUCUUCUUGAUGAUGUUGAUGAAAAGAGUCAAUUAACUACACUUUUGGGGAAGCGAGGUUGCUUUGGUCCAGGAAGUAGGAUACUUGUAACAACAAGAAAUGCAAAUAUUCUGCGUGCAUUUGGAGUAAAGUUGACUUAUUCAAUUGGUGUUUUGGAUCCCAAAAGAUCCCUUCAGCUAUUCAGCAAGCAUGUUUUCAGAAAAGAUCACCCCCCAAUUGAGAAAAUGGAACAAUCUAGAGAAAUUGUGAAGAUAGCCCAAGGUCUUCCAUUGAUCCUAGAGGUUAUGGGUUCAACGCUAUUAACAUGUGGACAAACAGAAGAAAUGUGGGAUGAUUACUUGGUAAAGUGGAAAAAAGGUCACAUUGAGAGUUUUAGAAGUAAGUUGAUGAUUAGUUAUGAAGCAUUAGAUCCAAGUCAGAGACAAAUAUUUCUUGAUAUAGCUUGUGUUUUUGAUGGAUAUGAUAAAAGUUUAGUAAUAUACAUGUGGAGAGACUGUGGUUUAUGCCCAACAGAAGGUCUUGAAGUUCUUCAGUUGAUGUCAUUGAUUAAAAUCGGAGAAGAUAAUAAGCUGUGGAUGCACGAUCAGCUCAAAGAUCUCGGUAGAGAAGUAGUUUCUCAAGAAAGUGGUGGCAAAUUACAUAAGCAAAGUAGGGUGUGGAAUGAUGACGACAUAUUGAAGAUGCUACUGAGAGAGAAGAGAAAUGCAAAGCUCGAAGCCCUCCGCUUGAAGUUUGAGGAAAGGUCAGAAUAUCGUUCCACUAUGGAUGGAUUUGCACUGCUACCAUAUCUAAGGUUCCUUCAGGUGGAUAGCAGACGCCUCGCUAAUGAGAAAGCCGGUCUUUUUUUCUCCCAAGCUUCACUUGUUUUGCAUAACUUGAUUACGACCCCAAUGGACUUUUUACUGAGCGAGAACCAACUCCUUCCGAGUUUAAGAUGGCUCUCUUGGCAUUGUUUUCCUCGGCAGAUACUCAAGUUAAGUAAUUUUUCUUUGACAAAUUUGGUCGUUCUUGAUUUUUCAUGGAGUACAAUUACUCACGAUUGGGACGGAUGGAGACAUAUUAAGAGAGCUAAGAAAUUAAAAGUUCUUGACCUUUCGGAGUGUUGCCACUUGACCAAGACUCCUGAUUUCUCUGGGCUCUUGAUGUUGGAGAGAUUGAUUCUCGAACACUGUUACAGAUUGACUGAAGUCGACUCGUCAAUCGGUCAACUAAAGCGCAUGGUUUUCUUGAAUUUGCGGUAUUGUGGGGCUCUUCAUUAUCUGCCAAAUGAGCUGGGUGGAUUGCCAUCUCUCACAGAACUUCUCCUUGACCAUUCUGAUAUACGAGAAAUUCCUGAUUCAUUCAAUGGUUUAACUUUGCUGGUGACGCUUUCAUUGGCUGGGACAAAUGUUGGACACAUACGUGACUCCAUUGUGGCGCCGACAAAUCUCCAAAGCUUAUCUUUGACUAUGGGCCGUCCAUUGCAAAGGCUUCCACACUCCAUUACAAAAUUACGAUGGUUGACCGAGCUGGAUCUAAUCUAUGCUGGAAUCACCGAGCUACCGGAGUCUAUGGAAAGUCCGGAGAAUCUAAAAAUAUUGAAGUUGACGAGUAUAUCAGCCCUCCCAAAGCUUCGAGAAAGCUUGAUUUCUCCGGCAAUCGUAUCUCAUGUACCAAUGGCCGAUCCCGAUCUUUCCAACUUGAUCAAUCCGAAACUACUGUUGCUCAUCACCACAAAGCCUAAGAUCUCCGGCCCAUCUGAAUUGGCGGAAGUUCCCAUGCUUUGGUGGAUCGGGAGAUUAUCCAAAUUGGAAGUUUUGACCCCGGCUCACCAAAGCAUUACUAGCCUACCUCCCGAAUUAGGAGCGCUUCCUCACUGGAAGACUCUUCACUCUUCGAGAUGCCUUGCUUUGAAAUGCAUUCCGCUGAUUCCCUCGAGUGUCACCAAGCUUCUUUUUGGAAUGAUAUCUCAAGUUUGA